CUACUCUGAGAAAAGUACACUAUGCAAACAUAUCCGGGCAUAACGCUUCUCCACAUGUGGGUGCGAAGUUCAAGUUCGGACAUGCAACGUUUAACACUGGAUAUGUCAGCUUUAUAACACACUGGUGUUUAUCGGAGCGUAUCAACAAAGGCUGAAAUGAUCGCGUCUCUGUUAUGCAUGCAGUUAUAAAAUAGUCGGGAGUGAAAAUGCAUGUGUUUAAAUGCGAAACGAAAAAAGAUACGCGUUUUCGCUGAAGCACAACCGGACAAAAAUAUAGACAUUGCCUACAACAGGACUUUCGAUUGUUGCCGUUUUAUUACAAGUUCAUUUCUAGUGCAAUAUGGAGACUUGCUCGAUCGCGGUCGAGCAAAAACAAAACGAUACAAUCAAGACAAAAUCAUGUUUCGGCAGGGCGUUUUCGUCUAUGACUGUCGACGAUGUGUAUGAAAUCGCUAAAGUGGUGGGAUCCGAAGUGGAGAAACUCAUCGACAGCUACGGAAAGGCGAGUGUGGAGGGUUUGGUGUCUCACAUAGUGAAAGUGUUGGAGAUCUUGGAGAGUUUCGCUGCGAGAAAUCAAGCUCAUAAAUGUAAAGAAGAGGAACUAUUGAAGGCCUUUGAAACGCUACAGGUACAACAGCAGAAGAAACGACUUGUGAAGGGCUGCGAUGACACCAGCGUCAGCGCGGAGAGUCAGGACUGGCAUCAGAAAGAGCAGAGAUUGAAGCAGACUGUAGAUGGGUUGCAGGCUCAGGUUCUUCUGCUCAAGGAAGAGAACCAGGAGCUUCUAAACCGCUUGCAAUGUACACACUCCAAAGAAGAUCAGACACAGCGCCAGGAAAGAGAGGUGAUGCUCAAGCUGAAGGAAGUAGUAGAUAAGCAGCGCGAUGAGUUACGAGCGAAAGUUCAGGAGAUUUCCACCAUGUCCAAAGAAGUUGAAGCGCUCCAGGAGCAGCAGGACCGGCUAAUGAAGAUAAAUACAGAGCUCAGACACAAGCAGAACAUCUUACAGACUCAGAUGAAGAGCGCAGUGGAGAGGAGGGCCUACCUGGAGACUGACGUGUGUGAGAAACAGAAGGAGAUAGAGCGCCUGACCUUACAGCUGGAGAAAGCCAGUGUGCUUACUGCUGCUAACAUAAAUAGUUCAGCCAUUGACCUCACAGAUAAGAUGAUCAUUGACUUGAAGGAUCCAAAUCGGCCGUGCUUUACGAAGCAGGAAGUACGGGAUAUGCUUUUUGAGAGGAAUGAGUUGAAAGCCAAUCUCUUCCUGGUGAAAGAGGAACUUGCUUAUUACCAAAGGGAAAUCCUGAAUGACGAGAGAUGUCCAGGCUUCUUACUUGAUGCUGUACGCUCCGCCAUAAAGAAACAGAGGACCGUCAUCAAGUCUAAAAUGCUUGGCAUACCUGUUAGCGAAUGCUGCACAGAUGAGACAGAUGGUCCACUGUUUGAAAGGAGCGUAAAUGAAGACAAUGACACUGACAGCACUGACAACAGGCCCCAAGAGUCACGCAUCAGAAACCUAUUUGGCUUCCUGACACUCUCCGGUAUUACUAGGACCUCUGGUUCCCAGAUCUCUGGCCUUCCCGUGUCCAGCUCCACAUGGGAAAUCAUCGAUCCAGAUGAGCAGGAAGAUGAGGAAACACAAUCCCUCCAUUCCUCGUGAGAACCAUCCCACAUACUGUAUCACUCAAUCUCACCCACCAGAGAUUGCUUGUCUAGAUUGGAGGAGCAUCAGAAAUGAACUUGAGCCCCCUAGAGUUGAUUUUCUGGGGCAUUUUUACCUUUGUGAGGUAAUUUUUGCCAUCAGUCCUGAUCCAUUUUAUGCGUUGGUUGGAAAAAGAGAAUGGAGAUUUUUUUUAAAUGUUCUUCAGCUUAUUUAGGUAUUAAACAAGGGAAUGGGCAGACGAUUGUAUUAAGAGUAUUAACAGUGUAAUGGGUUACAAACACGGUAUUGUAAUAUUUGUAGCCUGUGCAGUCAUUUUUAUGCACAAAAAAAACGUUUGUUAACUUACCCGAUAGAGUAGUGACUGAUGGUCAUUCAAAUGCCGGCCUGUGACUGUCAGUCACAGAAUACUUGUUACUUUGGUGAAGUGUUUAUUUUUUGUGUUAAAUAUUUUUUACUAUACCAGUUUAAUAUGCAGAGACAACUAUAAGUAAGCAUUUGUAUAGGUUGUCUGCCCCAAAGAAUGGUUUUGUUCAUUUUCCAAAAUGUGCUCAUCUAUCUGCUUCAUCCAGAGGUGUGCAUUUGGGGCUGGACUAUCUGUAAUAAGCUGUUAGUGGAGAAGGAUAUAGCUAAGGGGUGAGCUCCAAAAAGGCGCAGGAGCGCCAAAUUGCCAGAAAAGAAAUACAGAGCCCCUAACCCUAACCAGAUGUGGAAGUGUAGCUGGCCCAACCCCCUUCUGAAGUAAUCCAAUCCCCAUCUGGAGUUACCCCACCAUCUUUUGGAGAUCCCACUUCCAUUCGGAGAUCUCUGGUCUGCAGCUGUGCCUACUUGGUUUUAAUUGACUAGAUUUCUGUGAUUGGCGGAAGGUGCCAUCCAUUGUUCCUGGUAGGCUACUCUGCCUUACAGAUUCCAUAUGGUUAGGUUUAGGGUGGGGAUGGGGUUAGAGUGUCUGCUUCCUGCCAGGAACAGACUGUGGCCCCUAUGUACAAUGAGCCUAGUUUUCUGAAUAAUGUAAGACAGGGGCAGGGUGGUAGAAGUGUUUGGGAAACCUGUCUGUAAACAAUCCUUAUUUUUGCAAUUCUAUUUCGAGCAACUAGUGGCACAGAAAUGACAUACAUCACCUCGAAAGACUGCAUACUGGGAGAACUUAAAUUCAAUUGGAACAGUGUUUUAAUCAUCAUACUGCACCUGGCCCUAGUGCAUUAUUGACCACAGAUGUCAAGGUAGACUCGUUUCUAAUUUGCUCUUAAGGUACAGAGAAUUUUAGCAGUUAUUUUUUUAUAGAGUAUAUUUAAUAUUGAUUUUAACCAAAGAUACUGAUAUGUAUUUCCAUCACUGUCAGUGAUAAUCACAGUGAUCCUUUUAUGUCACAAGGGGGCAUUAGAGUAUUUUGUAUGAGUAUUCAUCCACUAUUUUUUUUUUCUUACAAAGCACUUGCUGUCCCUUAUUAAGAGUCAGUUUUGUAUCUUUUUAAGGAUGUUUUUUAGCAUGCCCAUGUGUAUAAUAAUUUUAAAUAUUUGUAUGAAUUAGUAGGUGAGUAAAUCAUUUGCAUCCAACAUUUGGUUACAUUAAUCAAUGUCAGCACUGUGGAGCUCUGUGUCCAUUUGUUCACAUAAACUCAUGUUGACCUUAUGUUAAAAAUAAAUAAAAACUGUGUAAGAAGAAAAGUAUGCAAUGCAUAAAGAGUAAAUGAAGUGUUUAUUGUCUGCUCUAUCUGUUUAAUGAGCCAGCACUUUGCCAUCCUCAGCCAUUUGUCUGGGUUUCAGCUAUUGUGCCAUUGCACUUCGUGUAAAGUACGUGUUAUGAUUUGAGUGGACCACAGAGAUGGAUUUACUGUGUGUUUUCACUGUGGACAUACAGUAUGUGUGCAUGUCUUUAUGCUUUAAGUCCACUUGGAUUACAUGUAUGAUUAUUUAGGUGUUCCCUGAUAGAGAGGUUGUCUGUGUUUCCUCCAGAGGAAAUGAGAGAUAAUUAUAUUUUCCCAUAUGUUUCUUACCGCAUGUAAGGCCUGUCAGUGAAAAGUAAUUCCAUACUUGUUUGCUGUCUGUGACUCAUCCAUAAAGUUAAUCUUUGUUAUUGUAAUUGUUACUAUAAAGUUGUUUAAAACUAAUUAAA